AGGCAGCACGUAAAACACCGGAGUUGGAAUGUGGAGCUGAACACAACUUCUCAGUGGAGAAACGUUGAAUGUCAGAAGCCAGGAGAACAUUCUACUCAAAACGAGGACUCGAUGGAUGUUUGUCUGUGAGAGGAGGAUCCUUUUUCUCCCUUUUCCCAAAUUCUAUAGGUCCUACCAGCAUGUCUGUAGCAAUGAGCCGAGCAGAGGGGGUGACCGUCUUUACGGUGACCUCUGACCCCCAAAGUCCUUGGCCUCCUCUGUGUCAAGCGGUGAACAGCCUGUGCUGCAACCCUGCAUGCUACUCACCGUCCAAGCAGCUGCGCGGCGUCCACAGGAGCUCUCCAUCAGUCCUGGGGGCCGUGCAGAUCGUGGUUGGGCUGCUCCACAUCGGCCUCGGUGCUGUUCUCACUGAAGGCCAGAAUUAUAUGUGGCAGCUGAGGGAAAAUGGCUUUCCUUACUGGAUGGGCGUUCUGUGUGUUGUGUUUGGAACUGUGUGCAUCUUGUCUGAGACGAUCCCGAGUCCAUGUUUGGUCGUCAUGAAUGUGAUCUUAAACCUGGCUGGAUCUGCUUUUGCCGUCUCGGCCAUCGUCGUCUACAGCAUCAACGUCUCAGACAUUUAUCUGGGUAUUACAUGCAGAGAGGAUUAUUACGAGUACGGCACAACACCCAGUCCAGGUCCUGGGGAGGACUCUCUGAAGAGGACAUGUUUAGAGAGCAGACGACUGACUCUGAUGAUCCUGCGAAGCAUCAACUCGGUCCUGAUUGUCUCGUCAGUCCUGCAGCUCUGCGUCACCAUCAGCUCUGCCGUCCUGGGCAUCAAGGCUCUGUGUGGCAUGGAGACGGCGCCAAACCAAGUGGAAGCGGUGAUCUGUACAAGCCUCUGCUGGAGGACGUCUCCACUGAGCCGGCAGUCUGAACGUCCUCAGUCCCAUUAACAGAUGGACACAAUGUUGUUUGUUGCUAUUCUGUUCUAAGUAAAAAUAUCAGUUUGUUCACUAAUUUGUAAACAAUAAAGCAGCUGAUCCGGCCAA